CUCGCAAUGCCCGCUUCUCUCAACAGCCUCAGCCCCGAGAUCAUCGAUCUCAUCGCGUGCCAGCUGUUUAUUCUGAGCAUUGGUGGUGAGCCAUUGGCUCCCUAUGCAACAAUAUCACGCGCAUUCCAGGUCGCCGUGGAGAGGUUUACCUUCGGCAGGGUCUACGUAUCCGGGGAUGACCACCGCCAGCUGUGCGCGAUCGGCGCCCACCCAUGGCGCAGAAGAGUGCUGCGUUCACUUAUAUAUGCAGUCGCUCUGCCUCCAUAUCCGUCUUGCCGGCGUUACUGCAAGGAACGCCGCGAGGAGCACCAGGCCAACCUUGGCGCGUUCCACGAAGGCGUGACAACUCUCUGGAACGAGCUCUCCACCUGGAAAGACAAGAAACCCUUGCUCGAGCUCCAGCUAGGUGCCCAGUCCCAUACGGAUAAGUACGACAGCGAUGACGGAUGGCACGAAGGAUGCGAGGAAUAUCGGUGGCUUUACCCCGACCACAGUCUGAGCAUUGAUAGCCAAAAGGCGGCGCUCCCUACGUUGGACUGUGUCAGUAGCUUCAUCAUUGAUGGUGGCCGGCGCAUCCAUCCGACCACGUUGAAAGAUAUAUUCCUGACUUUGCCGAAUCUGCGCGAGCUAAACUUGACACUGCCGUCUGUUCAUGCCCGCUACAAAGCGUCGCGGGCGGAGUACAGGGCUGACCUGGCCAAAGCACUAGAGGCUCCGACGCUGCAGAAGCUGGAGAUACUGAGCUUGUCGAUGAAAGAGGCUGCGCCGGGAAACCAUGCCUUUAACAUAGCGCUCGCAGAGGACCCGUCCUACCCAGACGGGGAUGUACUGAGCCACGCAAUACGCAAGCUAGCCCAGACAAGCCUCCAUAUACUCAAUCUGGACGGCCCAUGCAUGAUCUCGCCCGCACUAUGGAGCUCGGGACAGCGCGACGAUGCAGACUUUCCCUACCUCACUGAGCUCGCGGUGGAUAUGACAAUUGUUACGUAUGACGGCCGAUGGUAUUACACAGGGGACCCUGCAGCAAUUGAAGCUGAAGAGCUGCACUCAGAAGAUGAAUUGGAGAUAGGGGUCGGCGUAGAGUCGGACUCAGAGUCGGCCAACCCCGAGAGAUACGACGAGGAAAUAGACGGGGAGCGCGCUGCGUUCUUUAAUGGCAACAUCCCCUACUACCCCUGGAGAAGAAACCCAGACCCUGCUAUGUACGACCCGCUGGUUCGAAGCCUAGCAGGAGCGGCCCUGCGUAUGCCACGGCUGAAGUAUCUGAGUGUCACAACCCACGGCAGCAGGGGGUAUAAACGAGACCGCGAUGUCGAUAUUAGCCUUUGUUCCCCGGGCUUCUCCACCGAAGUUGUGGUGCGGCUGGGGGAUAUCACUAACGAAUUUAAAGAUUGGAGAUGGAUUGUCAACCUUGGGCUUGACGUGGCGUGGACCUUGCCCGCUGAUAUACAGGAGACGAUGAAGAGGCGGGUGGGUGAAGACGGCAGGGUUAUCAUACGUAAGGAUGGAAAGGUAGUCUCUUAGGUCUAAUCAGUAUUUAUCUGUCGCCGGCCUUUUAAAUACAUAUUCACAAUCUGCCUGCCACUAUCUCCAAGUAUAGCUCCCCUGCCGGCACAUCUCCGGCUAUUGGAGACCAUAUGCCGACGUGCAGCCAGUC